GACUGUAGGAGCCAUAUUGGAGGUGUCAUUCGUAGAUGAAAUAAUUUUCUAUAUUCAUCACUCACAAAGAAACUCAUUGUUGAUCGUUAUUGUGUUAAACAGGACAGUAUUAUGGCUUCAAGGAAGAAGGUGUUGCUAAAAGUCAUUAUACUAGGGGACAGUGGUGUUGGAAAGACAUCUCUUAUGAACCAGUAUGUAAACAAAAAGUUCAGUAACCAGUAUAAAGCUACCAUUGGAGCUGAUUUCCUGACCAAAGAAGUGAUGGUAGAGGACAGAUUAGUGACAAUGCAGAUUUGGGAUACAGCGGGACAAGAGAGAUUUCAAUCACUGGGUGUGGCUUUUUACAGAGGGGCAGACUGUUGUGUUCUUGUUUUUGAUGUCACCAUGCCAAACACAUUCAAAUCCCUGGACAGUUGGAGGGAUGAAUUCCUCAUCCAGGCUAGCCCAAGAGACCCCGAAAAUUUCCCAUUCGUUGUCAUAGGAAAUAAAAUUGACUUGGAAAAUAGGGCGGUAACUGCAAAGAGAGCACAGAGUUGGUGCAAUAGUAAAGGGGAGAUUCCUUACUUUGAGACGAGUGCAAAAGAAGCCAUUAAUGUAGAACAAGCUUUCCAAACAGUUGCUAAGAAUGCCCUGGCUCAAGAAACAGAAGUCGAGUUGUAUAACGAGUUUCCAGACCAGAUUAAACUUACAAACGAUACAAAAAAGCAGGACAGUGGAUGUGGUUGCUAAUAGGAAUAACUUCUUCUCUGUAAAAAUUGUUUAUCUUCAUGAAAGAACAUGCGAAAAAAAAAUGGUUUCAUUUAGCACACAAUUUUCAUUCAUGGACCACAUAGACGUUUCUUGGGAGUGAAGAUGAAAUGACCAAUCACUGAGCAGUAUGAAUUUGAGGUGUGUAUGUGAGUGAAUGUGACUAUGUUAAAAGGCAUCUGAUUGGAAGUUGUCAUGACAAUACUCGAAUGUUAGGUUAAAUGACUCCCACAGAUCCAGGACAGGUCCAUGGAAGUUGCGUUAAUUUAUUUGUGAUUUGAAUCAGAAUUUUACAAGAUUUUCUUUUUUUCUCUGUUAUGAUAGGAAUGUGAUAUGCUCCUCUCCUUUGCCAUGCUCAAAUAAGAAAAAAAUCUAAAUUAUCUGCCAAGAGGUUAACAAAUGUUGUGAUUUGCUGCUUAUAUACAUGUUGGUUAAGUAAAAUUUACCCAUUUUUUGAUAGAGAUUUUUUAAGCCAUGUUUUUUUUAUGGAAUUGAAUAAAACAAAAUCUUUAAGGCAUGCAAUUUAGAAAGUGCUUACAUAUCAACUAGCGCAAACAAUUUUAGUAGUUUGAGAAAGUCUCUCUGGACUAAUAGAUAUUUUAAUUAACUGAAGCUGAAUUUAAAAUUAUUUUUAUACUCUAUAGAUUAUGUGGAUUCUGUGGUCUUGUACGUGUUGGUAUUUCAGUGAAGCAUUAGAAAUUUUAGACACUUUUUUGUUAAAUUGUACAGUACUGUAAUUUUAAAGAAAAGUUGACUUUAUGUGAAACAUUUAAAAAAAAAAAAUUAGAUGAUAUAAUAUAAUUGUCUGUAGUUCUCAGAUUUGUAGAAGACAGGGUUUCAGAAUAUUUUUGUACAAGUGAGGUCUUGCUGUGUUCGUGAAAUGUUUCAUCAAGUUCAGGUCUCAUGUCGUUCACAACUUGUAUGUUUACAAACUGUAGACCAUUUUGAUGAUUAAAUUGUUUUUUUCACUGUCAAUUGAAAAAAUUCUGAAGCUAUGAAAAUUGUUGGAUAAAGUUGGAUCAUUCGAAAUAAUGAAUCCUCAGAUCUUUGUACUUAGAUACAGGUACAUUUCAGAGUCUGUUAAACGUUAAUUUUUUUUUGUUAUCAGUUUUACGCUCUUGUUAUUUAAAUGAAAUAUUUAAAAAUAAUCUUGGUUUUUAUUCUGUGGAUGGAUUUGAGAUUUAGAGUUACCUGCUUCAUGUGUUUUUGUUUUUCUGUGUAGAUGAUCAGUGUUAUAUCUCUAAGGCCUCAAUAUUAUCUCGAACAAGGGAAAUCAAACACUUUCAAAAAAUUAUUAUUUUUGUUAUAGCUACAGUGUCCACUUCUGUCAAAGUACUCUAUUGAGAAGUGUCAAUUUUAAUAUUAUUUGCAUCAUAACAACAUGCAUAGUUUUAAAAGUUUCUUUGUUCUACCUACAGGAGAUCUCUGUGAAAAAUGUACAUUGUGCAUCAAUGAUGACCAUUUUAUUAAAUAAAUGUUCUUUUUUUUUUCUAUAAAACAUGACUGUAUGCAAAGUUACUCCUUUUUCCCACAACUGCAAUAGGAUAUCCUUAUACAUGUAUGUGUACAAGUACACAAUUCAAUUUAUAUUGAGUAUAAUUUUGAGCAUUACUGUAAAUCUAUAAUGAAUUGAUCAAUAAAUAAGAAAUGUACAUUUAA